AUGUCUCGUCCACGUCCACUUACCUCCCAGCGGUGGGCAACAAGCACAACAGAAACGCUACGAAAGGCCGGUCUUGUCGCAAAAACGCGACCCGUUCAGGCCUACAAAAAUGCGGCAAUAGCUGCGAAACGCGAAAAAGCAAAGCUCUCAAAGCGCGAAUUCAAACCAAUACCUAAUCGGCCACGGGGGGAAUAA